AUGGCAACACGCACUUCUUUGACGGCACCGAACGACGCGGAACUUCUUGGCCGCCUCUCGCAUGCUCUACUACGUGUUGCGCGAACCCCGCCCCGGACAAUCGUCUCUCCCCCCACGCAGCCGCGGCGCGCUUCGGUCGCCAUCCUCGUGCGCGUGCGCCCGACCCUAGAAGACGAAGAAUGGCUCGCCGAGCAGUACGAUGCAGAGGGCCAGCCGAUCCCUGGGACAGAGGCUGCCAUGAUGGCUGAAGGACUCAUGACACCCACCGCAACACCAUCCGGCUCUGAGCCAAUGUCGAGAAGUCAAUCACAGGCGCAGAGCGUAGCCCCGACGUACGAAGGCAAUGUAAGCAGCACUAACCGUGGAGCAAACCUCGCAUCUAGCAUUCCGGGCCUCGGUGGCUCGCAUGUUAGUGUUGGUCCCGUAGAUCAGUCGAUAGCGACGCUGGGUGCGAGUUUCACCAGCUCUUUGCUUCCGCGCGAAGAAGGCGCGUCCUCUUUGGCAACACUUGAUCCGCAGGCGUGCAGCUCUUUGCAGUCUUCUCCCCAAACGCAGCAGCUUGCUGACAUCCCGGCGCAGCAGCGGACAGUGCCGGUGUCAACAUCCUCUCCAAUGGGUGGCCGAUCCCGAGCGCAUAGCACUACAUCAGCAGGCAGCAUCGGCUUUCAACCGGCGUUGCAGAUUCCCUCGAUGCUUCCCAUCGAGCGCUUCUUUCAGCUGCCUUGGGUCCAACGCGGUACCCCGGAGAUUCUCUACAUCAAGCGUGCUUCUCGUGUGGGGGACAACUGGUCUGCGCACGUCGCAUUCCCGGGCGGAAGACAGGAGGAGGAAGAUGAGAAUGGGCUUUAUACGGCGAUGAGGGAGACGUGGGAGGAGGUCGGGAUUGACCUUGCUGAGAAGGAGUUCGCCUGCGUCGGUCAGCUUGAUGACCGAGAAAUCACAACCAGUCUAGGCAAAAGAUUAUUGAUGGUAUUGAGUCCUUUCCUCUUUAUCCAAGUCUCGCCAUUUUCGCCACAUCCUGACCUGCAACCCACCGAGGUGGCCUCGGCACACUGGAUCCCGCUUUCGCUCCUCUACACUCCCACUCCGAACUGGGGCAUCACUUCCGUCGAUAUUGCGAACCGCCUGGCACCGAAAUCUCCAGCAGUCAGAUGGGUGCUGCGCACACUGGUGGGCAAAAUGGACUUCAGAUGCAUCCUUCUACCGAAUGAUCCAGUGGCGGAGGCAUUAGAUUCAACAGAGGGAUCACCGAUCGAGAUCGAGCCGCUUUCAAGCAGACAUCCAGCUUUGAUUGAUGGCGAGAAGCCUCAGUUGCGACUUUGGGGCCUGACGCUUGGUAUGACACUAGAUGUGCUAGCGCACAUGUCAACCCGAGACUCGGAGCCUCCUGUCCAAUCCGGUCGACAUUCACGAAAGCUACCAUACGAAAGAGGCGAAGAUGGCCUUCCGACUCUUUCUGCGCUGAUCAAGCGUCCUGUCCCGACGUCUCGUUUGCUGUUGCAGCAUUUGCGAGACGAGUUGCACCUCAGCCCGCCGCCGCACGCAAACUUGCUGGCGCCGAGCAUGACGAGCGUGUUCCCCAAGUUCAGCUAUCCAGAUGUUAACUUCUGGAUCUGGGUCUUUGGCUGGCGAUACAGGGCCAUCGUGCGAGGAUGGGAGCGUGGACUCGGUACUGGUAUGGAGCGUGGCGUCAACUGGUCGGGCAUGGCCCUCGGAGCCUUCUAUUCGGCCGUCAGAAGAGCGUUGAUUGUCGCGAUUCUCCUCAGGGCUCUUGGCAUGCUCAGCUCGGUCAGCGUGGUCUCGUGGCUCAUUGGAAGACGGAUACGUAGACGACGAAAGGGUCUGCCGGGCUUCGGCCUGGAGGAGCUGUUCCCUUCGCUCCGAGACUGA